AUGGCGCUUUGCACUUUGCUUGCCUUGCUACCACUAGCCUCCGCCGGUGGAGGAGACUACCAGCAGUAUGUCAGCAGCUAUGCAGGCGACUAUCAGAAGUACCUCGCCGGAGGCUCUGAUUAUCAAAAGUACUACCAGAAGUACAUGGAUCAGUACGGUGCGCAAGGCAAGAGCUCAGGCUACAAGAAGUACUUCCAGAAGUACAUGGGUUCUGGCUCGGGUGGCUAUGAGCAAUACAUGUCAGACUACGCUGGCAAGUAUGUUGGCCAGACCCAGUCUGAAUCUGAUGGCAAAUCCGAUUCCAAAGAGCCAUUGACUCUGGUUGCAGCUGCCAGCAACAAGGGAGAACAUGAUGAUUCUAAGGAGACCAAUGGCGGUGAUUACCAGAAGUACAUGAAGGGUCAGGGUGGCGACUACCAGAAGUACAUGCAGGGCCAGGGCCAAGGUGGUUCCCAAGGCGGCGACUAUCAGAAAUACAUGAAAGGUCAAGGUGGUGACUACCAGAAGUACAUGAAGGGUCAGGGUGGUGACUACCAAAAGUACAUGAAGGGUCAGGGUGGGGACUACCAGAAGUACAUGCAGGGCCAGGGCCAAAGUGGUUCCCAGGGCGGCGACUAUCAGCAGUACAUGAAGCAGUACUCCGGCGACUACCAGAAGUACAUGCAGGGUCAGGGUGGCUCCAAGGGUGGCGACUACCAGCAGUACAUGAAGCAGUACUCCGGCGACUACGAGAAGUACAUGCAAGGCCAUGGUGGCUCCCAGGGUGGCGACUACCAGCAGUACAUGAAGCAGUACUCCGGCGACUACCAGAAGUACAUGCAAGGCCAUGGUGGCUCCCAGGGUGGCGACUACCAGCAGUACAUGAAGCAGUACUCCGGCGACUACCAGAAGUACAUGCAGGGCCAUGGUGGCUCCAAGGGUGGCGACUACCAGCAGUACAUGAAGCAGUACUCCGGCGACUACCAGAAGUACAUGCAGGGCCAUGGUGGCUCCCAGGGUGGCGACUACCAGCAGUACAUGAAGCAGUACUCCGGCGACUACCAGAAGUACAUGCAGGGUCAGGGUGGCUCCAAGGGUGGCGACUACCAGCAGUACAUGAAGCAGUACUCCGGUGACUACCAGAAGUACAUGCAAGGCCAUGGUGGCUCCCAGGGUGGGGACUAUCAGCAGUACAUGAAGCAGUACUCCGGUGACUACCAGAAGUACAUGCAGGGUCAGGGUGGCUCCAAGGGUGGCGACUACCAGCAGUACAUGAAGCAGUACUCCGGCGACUACCAGAAGUACAUGCAGGGUCAGGGUGGCUCCAAGGGUGGCGACUACCAGCAGUACAUGAAGCAGUACUCCGGCGACUACCAGAAGUACAUGCAGGGUCAGGGUGGCUCCAAGGGUGGCGACUACCAGCAGUACAUGAAGCAGUACUCCGGCGACUACCAGAAGUACAUGCAGGGCCAUGGUGGCUCCCAGGGUGGCGACUACCAGCAGUACAUGAAGCAGUACUCCGGCGACUACCAGAAGUACAUGCAGGGCCAGUCUUCCCAAGACGCCACCUCGGACUCCGCCGCACUGCUGGCUGCGGUGCCGCCCUCGGAGGUGGCGCCGGCCUCGUCGGAAGCCACGCAGAGUGCGGAGGACGAGAAGCACUUCAUGGCAAAGUUUGCCAAGGGAUUCGAGCAGUACAUGAAGGAUCGUGGUGUGGAUGUUUCCAAGGACUCCGAGAAGUACCUCGAGGGCCAUGCUUCGAAGUUCAAGGACUACCUCACCGCACGCAGCACCAAGGCCGCGGGUGAUUUCAAGAAGUACUUCAAGGACUACGAGGAGUACAUCAAGGGCCAGGGCAAGGACGCUGCGGACGACUUCGAUGGCUUCGUCAAGAAGUACGCCAAGGACUACGCCCAGUUCCUCAAGGAGCGCAGUGCCGGUGAGGAUGUGCCAUGGUGCAUGGCUGGACGGGAAGGUGAUGUUGGCUGGCGCUGCCCCUUGGAUCCCAAGGAUGCCCAGGAUCCCAAGGAGGCCCUGAAGCAACAGCUGCGUCACGAGGCCCAGGGCGUGACCGAUCGCUUGCAGAAGGAGAAGCAGCAGCUGCAUGAGGAGUUGCAACACGAGCAGGAAAGCAUGGACAGGGAGAUGAAGAGGGAGCAGGGCUUGCGCGCAGCCGAGAAACAGCGUCUCGCGGAGGAGUUCUGCGGAGUUCUGCGCGAGCUGAAGCACGAGACCCACCAGAAGGCUCAGGCAGCCGAAGCCAAAGAGGCGAAGGAAACCAAGGAGCCCCUGGCACACCGGAAGGAGCCCAAGUCGCACGACAGCAAGGCCAAGGAUGCCAAGGAUGCCAUGCUGUUGGAGACCUCGCAUUGGACCUUCCCGGGCUUCAUGCUUUUGCUCCUGGCCCUGUCCGGCAGCGCGGCCCUGGCUUUGGUGCGCGCGCGUCGCACCCCGCGCGCCAGCGAGGACUACGUCAUGCACUUGGAACCUCCUCUGGCUGCAGUGUCACUUGGUGCCAGUCGUCAUUCUGAUAGUGCGCUGGAAAAACUUGCAUUUCUAUUGCUAGGUGAUGAUGAUGAUGAUGAUGAUGAUGAAUCAUCGUACCAUGGUGACCAUCAUGAUUGUCAUUUCAUGGUUCUUCAGCCGCAUCAUGGAUAA